AGGAUAUAGAUGAUGGAAGUGCAGCUCUGCUAGGCACAGCGGGUAGAACAAGAGGCACUGAACGGUAUAGAGAUCGUCCGAACGGUAUUUGGCCUCAAGUCAAGGAUAUUGUCAUCGAAAGUGCACCAACACUCAUGCUCACUACUGUCGGCUUAUUGUUCACCGGCGAACUGCUCGAUCAUGUUUCUCGUUGGAGAGCAAUGCAGACCAUUGACGAACUGAUUAUAAUUAUUCCCGUGGUUCUUAAUCUCAAGGGAAACCUGGAAAUGAAUCUUUCUGCGAGGCUUGGAACAGCAGCCAACAUCGGUGAACUCGAUGAUCCCAUUACAAGGCGAAAAAUUAUACUUGGGAAUUUAUCUUUACUCCAAGUGCAAGCUACUGUGGUGUCUUUUGUGGCCGCCUGUGUUUCCGUUAUUGUCGGCUCUAUAGUUCAAUUAACAGCAUCAUCUGCCAUCGCCUCUACGCCAGACUUCGACAGCGGUAACACAAACAGCACUGUUUUCCACUAUGCUAGACUACCUCAUCGUCCCAUGCCACCACAUGAUUCAAAGUUAAAAUCCGGAUUAACGGAGUUUACCAUGGUAGCGUCGAGCGCCAUGUUAUCUACCUGUAUAUCGAGCGUAAUCCUUGGGUCUUUCAUGUGUACCCUCAUUGUCUUGUGCCGACGGUUUGGUCGCGACCCAGAUAACAUUGCACCACCAAUAGCUGCAUGUCUGGGCGACCUGGUAACGCUGUGUCUCAUUGGAGCUGUCUCAUCUGUCCUCAUCACCUUCCUCAACACUUUGUAUCCUCUAAUCCUUGGUAUUUUACUAAUAUUGUCAGCAAUCAUUUGCUUUAUCUUUGUCCGUCAAAAUACCUUCGUCAGGCGUCUUGUCACUCAGGGAUGGUCCCCACUAUUUGGCGCUAUGCUCAUCAGCAGUGGGACAGGAAUGGUGCUAGACAUUUUUGCCUCCCGAUAUGAAGGAUUCCCACUACUUGCCAUCGUGAUUAGCGGUUUACCCGGGAGUGUUGGCUCUAUCCUGGUCUCCCGUCUAUCAACGGCACUACACGCUGCGGCUUCCACACGUGUUUCGUCAUCGCGACAUAGCAAGGAGCCUUCUCCUAGGCUUGUGAUGCUCACCUUGCUACUCGUAACAUUACCCAUAGAGGUCGCAUUCUUAAGCACGCUUCGAGCCCUUGGUUGGCUUCGUCUACCGAUAAUCUUUGCGCUCUUUUCUGUCGUAUUUUUCUGUUGCGCGGUGUGCACAUCUCUAUACCUGGCCCAGUUUUUAACCAACUUCUUGUGGUCAAGAAAACGCGAUCCAGACAUGUAUGCAUUACCAAUUCAUUCAGCCCUGAUGGAUUUAGUUGGCCAGUUACUCCUUGUACUCUGCUUUGAGAUAGUAACAGCAUUAGGUGUCUAUUAAUUGCUUCAUCAGACUGAGCAUAUCACUACGCGGAUAGCAUUUAAGUUAGAUAACGUAUCUCAUAAUUAUCAGAUAUUAUUUGUACGUUCUAUAAGACGUCAGUGUUCCUGAUCGUUACUCCAGCUGCUUCCCUCUGAACAUGUCUAUAUCAUGCGCUUUUUCAAUCCUCUUCCUGUCCAGCACGCCCUGAGGACGAUUGAUUCCCUUUCAAUUGACGUAAAUCGGAUAGCGUGUUUUAGCUGGACCAGCCCGAUCAAAGUUAAGGAGCAUAAAGUUGGUCGAUGUCUUGUCAUGUUGAUCUUGCACAAAGAGAUUGACAUCACGAAGGUCACCAUGAACGUAACCCGCAACAUGUAGCUUUUCAAUCAGGCCGAAGUCGGCU